UCCAAUUCUUCAUUAACAUUUUUCGCCACUUUCUUCUCAACUAACCCCAUAGAAAAGCUCUCGCAAAUUCACCUAAAACCCAGAUUCCAACUUCUUUUUUUCCAACUUUACAUUAGACUUCCAAUCAGAAAACGAUUAUUCAUAUCAAAAUCAUGGAGGUAGCAUCAUUAUCUGGAGUUCUUUCAUACACCAAACUUCCUGGUUCCAGUCUCUGCAAUUCGGAUGUUAGAUUUCCGAGCUCGGUUCCUCGAGGCAGACACGUUGUUUCUUUCGCACGACAUUCCUCUAAUGGGUCCAAUGAUGUUGAUAAACCUUCAUCUAAAGUCUUUGUGAUCUCAAAUUCUUGCUGGAAUACCCAAAAUCAUGCCGUUCUCAAGGGACCAUUUCUCAGUGACGAUCUAAUUCAGACGAGAAAUAUGAAUUCGCAAGCAAAUUGUGGUGUUGGUGUUUGCACGUUGGAUGAAAACGUUGUGGCUCAUCACGCGCAUGCCAAUGAGGAGAAAAUUGGGGUUCUUCUUUUGAAUCUUGGAGGGCCAGAGACUCUUCAAGAUGUUCAGCCUUUUCUAUAUAAUUUGUUUGCAGAUCCUGAUAUAAUACGGCUGCCGAGACUGUUUAAGUUUCUUCAACGACCGUUGGCAAAGUUAAUAUCGGUUCUUCGGGCUCCCAAAAGUAAAGAAGGGUAUGCUGCAAUAGGCGGUGGCUCACCGUUGCGUAAAAUAACCGAUGAACAGGCGAAUGCUGUUCGAAUGGCUUUGGAGGCAAAGAAUGUAAACGCCAAUGUAUAUGUUGGAAUGCGAUAUUGGUAUCCGUUCACAGAGGAAGCAAUCGAGCAGAUUAAGCAGGACAGGAUAACAAAGCUUGUUGUGCUACCACUAUAUCCUCAGUUCUCCAUUUCCACAACUGGGUCAAGCAUCCGAGUUAUCCAGGAUAUUUUCAGGGAAGAUGCAUAUUUAUCGAGACUACCUGUUUCUGUUAUCCUCUCUUGGUACCAACGACAAGGUUAUGUCAACUCCAUGGCCGACUUGAUUAAGGAAGAGUUGGAGAAAUUUGCCAAGCCUGAAGAGGUCAUGAUAUUCUUUAGUGCCCAUGGGGUGCCUGUUAGUUAUGUCGAGAAUGCUGGAGAUCCCUACAAAGACCAAAUGGAGGAAUGUAUCCACUUAAUUAUGCAGGAGCUGAAAGCUAGAGGAAUUGCAAAUGAUCAUAUCCUUGCCUACCAGAGUCGAGUUGGGCCCGUGCAAUGGCUAAAGCCCUACACUGACAAAGUUCUUGUUGAGCUCGGCCAGAGAGGUGUGAAGAGUCUUCUAGCUGUUCCCAUAAGCUUUGUGAGCGAGCACAUAGAGACUCUGGAAGAGAUCGACAUGGAAUAUAAACACUUAGCUCUCGAAUCCGGCAUCAAGAAUUGGGGUCGUGUUCCUGCUCUAGGUUGCACCUCUUCCUUCAUCACAGAUCUGGCCGAUGCCGUAGUUGAAGCUCUACCGUCCGCAAAAGCUUUGUCAGAAUAAAAGGAAGACAGGGAAGAACCUGAAUAUGACCCCGUGCGAUACCUUGUUAAACUGUUCUUUGGUUCGGUCUUGGCGUUCUUUCUUAUACUAACACCGAGGGUGGUACAUGCAUUUAGGAAAAUAUCUUUUAAAGGGAAGAGAUCAUAAGAGGGUAUGCAGACGCCAGAGUAAGUUGUUUUUAUGCUUUGACGAAAAGAAAAUACAAAGACUUGUUUGGUUUGGUAUAACAUAAAGGGAUGAUGACUGAACCUUGUCAAGAGUUGAAAUAAAAGUGGCUAUCAAU